UUUCACACCAUUUUUAACCUAAAAACUUGCAUUUUCUUCUUUUAAAACAAAUUUGCAUAUAUGCACCUGAAUUUUGCUUUUCUUAUGGCAAAUUCUAUUUAAAUAAUAAAUCAUAUAAACAAGUCCACGCGAACCAAGUUUGACUUUGAUCCGGCAAAACCGGAACACUCCGGCUCUUUCAGAAGGUUUUCUUUAAGGUUUGUUUACACUAAACGAUUUCUUCUCCUUCGCCGCACACAUGACACACCUUCUAUCUCCUUGUGUAAAUCCCUCGAGUGUCCUUUGACAUAGCUAUGAUCGUGGGUUAAUGGCGAUUUCUGAAUCCAACCCUGACUCAAAUCUAAGGAUCCUCCAAGCUGGAGAUGAAUGGCAAAAGCUUCUUCUAUUCGCCAAUUCGUCACAUCCAGAUUCAUCCCCCCUGUUCCGGGUCUGGGUCUGCUUAAGGGUUUCAAACUUGUCGAAGGUUCCAGUACUAUUCUACACCUCUUCCAAGUCCACGCUAGGCUUAUCACCUCUGGUAACUUCUGGGAUUCUUCUUGGGCUAUCAGAUUGUUGAAGUGUUCUUCGCGUUUCGGCGAUUCCAGCUACACCGUAUCGGUACACCGCAGCAUUGGGAGGCUCAACUGUACUAACUCCGUCUUUAAGGCGUAUUUGGUCUCUUCUGCUCCGAGACAAGCGUUGGGGUUUUACUUCGAUGUAGUGAGAUUUGGUUUUUUUCCUGAUAGUUACACCUUCGUUUCAUUGAUUAGUUGUAUCGAGAAGACGUCUUGCAUUGACUCUGGCAAAAUGUGUCACGGGCAAGCCGUUAAGCACGGAUGCGAUCGAGUUUUGAAUGUUCAAAACUCGUUGAUUAAUAUGUAUGCCUGUUGCGGCGCUUUGGAUCUUGCGAAGAAGCUGUUUGUUGAAAUUCCUAAGAGAGAUGUUGUGUCUUGGAACUCGGUAAUCAAGGGGGCGGUGGUGAAUGGUGAUCUUUUGUAUGCGCACAAGUUGUUUGAUGAAAUGCCUGAUAGAGAUUUGGUUUCUUGGAAUAUCAUGAUUAGUGCUUAUUUGGGUGCUAACAAUCCUGGAGUUUCCAUUAGUUUGUUCCGUGAGAUGGUUGGAGCAGGGUUGCAAGGAAAUGAGAGUACUUUGGUUUCCUUGAUGAAUGCUUGUGGUAGAUCAGCUAGACUUAAGGAAGGUAGGUCGGUUCAUGCUUCAUUGAUAAGAAGAACCUUGCUGAAUUCGAGUGUAGUUAUUGAUACAGCUCUGAUUGACAUGUAUGGAAAGUGCAAGGAAGUAGAUUUAGCACGUAGGAUAUUCGAUAGUGUCUCCCGUAGGAACAAAGUUACGUGGAAUGUGAUGAUAGUGGCACAUUGUCUACACGGGAAUCCUGAAGAUGGGUUCGAAUUAUUUGAAGCUAUGAUCAGUGGUAUGCUCAUGCCUGAUGAAGUAACAUUUGUUGGUGUUCUCUGCGGUUGUGCUAGAGCUGGGCUUGUUUCUCGAGGAGAAAGUUACUACACCCUGAUGGUUGAUGAGUUUGAGAUCAAACCAAACUUUGGACACCAAUGGUGCAUGGCAAAUCUUUAUUCCAGCGCCGGAUUCCCUGAAGAAGCAGUGGAAACUCUGAAGAAUCUGCCAGAGGAAGACAUGACGCCAGAAUCUGCAAAAUGGGCUAACUUGCUCAGCUCAUCGCGUUUCACAGGAAAUCCUUCUAUAGGGGAGAGCAUUGCCAAGUCCCUCAUAGAGACGGAUCCUCAGAACUACAAGUAUUACCAUUUGCUGAUGAACAUCUACGGUGUUACAGGACGGUGGGAGGAUGUUGAUAGAGUGAGGGAGAUCGUGAAGGAAAGGAAAAUAGGACGGAUACCCGGGUGUGGCCUUGUGGACUUGAAGGAGAUAGUCCAUGGAUUAAGACUAGGAUGCCAAGAGGCAGAAAAUGUGAUCGAAGAGACUAGUUUAGAGAAAUCAGUGAUUUACUGACAUAAUAAUAAGCUAGUCCCCAAAUCAAAGCGCACUUUCGCCAGAUCCUCCAGGCUAUGAAGUCAUGAAAAUUGAAAGCUGUUCUUGGGAAUGAGCAUGAGUUUGGUCUGUUUUUGUAGACAGAGUAGUAAAAUUUCUGAUUUAGAAUGGAAAGAGGAGAAAGUUAUGGUUUCUCAUCAGAGUGUAUCUGGUCCUGUCUCAUUUUUUGUUUUUUUUCUUUUCUUUUCUUUGGGGUUAGAUUUGCCAAUUCUUAGAUUUGAGAAAAGCUUUUUAUAGCA